AUGUUUUCCUCCAGGACCGCAGCCUUCGCAGGCCUUAUGGCCUUGAGCGCUCUCUCUGGAGUCGCCGCCAAAUACAACUAUGCCGUUGCCGAUCCCUAUGGCCUUCCUGAGCCUGUUAUGAUUGACUUUGAUGAUGACGGAGUUGUGGGUGGCCUCUACCGACCAAACACUACUGGCCCUCUGUCCCGUAUCGGUGUCUACGUGAUGCACGCUGAGCAGGACUACCUGAACUUUUCAGCCUGCCACGAGCUCCCCCGCCGCGGCUUUACGACCUUCUGCGCCAACAACGAUGCCAGCAAGAGCGGCUAUAUGACCGACAUCAACUUUGAGGAUAUGAUGACCAACGUCGGCCAGGGCAUGAGCUACUUGCGCAACCUGACUGAAAUCGACAAGGUCGUCAUCUUCGGCCACAGUGGUGGUGGUGCCAUGAUGACCGCCUACCAGAACAUUGCCGAGAAUGGUGUCAAGGCCUGCAAUGGCCCCGAACGUAUCUACCCCUGCUCUGAUGCCAUGGCCGACCUGCCUGCCGCCGAUGGCCUUAUUCUCAUUGACGCCAAUUACGGACUUUCCACCAUGUCUCUUCUGAGUCUCAAUCCCGCCAUUAUCGAUGAGCACUCUGGUGCCAAGAUUGACCAGUCUCUGAACCUCUACAACCCCGUCAACGGCUUCUCCGAGUCCGGUGCCAACUACACCCAGUCCUUCAAGAAGGCCUUCGAGAAGGGUGUCGUUGCUCGCAACAACCGUAUCCUGAAGCACGCCGAGUCCCGCCUGGCUGCCAUCAACAACGGCAGCGGCAUCUUCAGCGACGACGAGCCCUUCUACAUCGUCGACUCCAUGUAUGUCGGCUUCAACAACAAGUUCUUCGCCCAGGACACCCGCUGGAUCCACCACACCACCUACCCCUGGCCCCUUCUGCACCGCAACGGAUCGAUCACCACGCAGAUUGUUCCCUCCAGCUUUGCCGACAACUUCGAGGGCGGCGCCAUCAAGACCACCAUCAAGCGCUACCUUUCCACUCUGGCCAUCCGCGUCACCGACGACUUCGAAUACAAGGUCGACGGCUUCGAGGGUAUUGUCUGGAACUCUAGCCAGACUGCCCCUCUCGGCAACAUCGGCGGUGUUACCGUGCCUCUGCUCAACAUGGGCAACACCGGCCACUACGAGUACCUGAACGCUGAGAAGCUCCACCUUGCCGCUGGUAGCAAGGAUGCCGAGAUUGCUUUCGUCGAGGGUGCCCAGCACACUAUUGUCACCUGCACUGAGUGUGAGACGUACCCUGGUGAGUACGGUAACACUCUCUACACGGCUUACAACUACAUGGCCGAGUGGUUAAGCAAGGAGGGUCGCUUCUUGUAA